AUCAAGUCACAAAACUGUCAAAGUGUCUAUCUUCCCAAAUAUCCGUUCGAGAGAAGUACAUACAUACACUGACAUACAGGAUCUAUAAAAUGUGUCAAAGACAAUAUGACAGCAUCACUGAGCGACGUCACCCCACUGAUACUCCAAUAAAUAUACGUUGAUAAAGUAUAUAGCUAAUUCAGCACAGUGAACGGUGUCAACAAUGCGAUAAGAAUGAGACGUGCGUGGUCCAUUAUCGCCCAGUCAUUCCCUGUGAAAUGUUACAGCGUGCAACCGGCGAAACGUUACACCGGUACAAUGGCACAUCCACUGAUUGCGGUAUGUCAAAUGAGAUCGAUAGCUGAUAAGGUGAAAAAUCUGGAGGUUGUGGCCGAGCUAGCGGCCGAGGCCAAACGCAAAUCGGCCACGAUAGCAUUCUUUCCCGAAGCUUGCGACUUUUUGGCUGAUAAUAAGAAGGACAUUGUCGCUAUGGCUGAACCUUUGACUGGACAGACAGUUGCGUCUUAUAAAGAGAUCGCUGAGAAAAAUGACAUCUGGUUAUCGUUAGGCGGAGUCCACGAAGCUUCAGGUGAUGUGGAAAAGAUUUACAAUACACAUAUAUUGAUAAAUAACGAAGGGCAAUUGGUAGCCACGUACAGAAAGAUACACUUAUUCGACAUGGAUAACAAGGAUACCGGAGUACGCCUGAUGGAAUCGGACUAUGUGCUCAAAGGGACUGAAAUUGUGCCACCCGUGCCCACACCGAUUGGCAAGCUCGCGCUUAGCAUCUGUUACGACAUGCGAUUUCCCGAAUUGUCGCUAACUCUGCGGAACAUGGGAGCGCAGAUUCUCACGUAUCCGUCGGCGUUUACAUAUCAGACGGGCGCUGCGCACUGGGAGGUGAUGCUGCGUGCGCGAGCUAUAGAAAAUCAGUGUUAUGUCAUAGCCGCGGCGCAAACCGGCGCGCACAACAAGAAGAGAGUGAGCUGGGGUCAUGCCAUGAUUGUAGAUCCUUGGGGCGCCGUCAUAGCGCAAUGUGCAGAGAAAACUGGUAUAGCUAUAGCAGAAAUUGAUCUCGCCCUACUGGAAAAAGUCAGGAAAAAUAUGCCGUGCGGGGAACAUCGUCGCACUGACUUGUACUCCACAAUGGAGUGUCAAAAGUCCAUUUAACACAAAGGAUUUAAUAAAUCUCCAAUGCUUCCCAUUCAGACUUGAAGGCUGCUUUCGGAUCAGGGGGCAUCGACAUCGCGGCUCCCGAUACUUGAUCUUGCACCAGU